AAAAGUUGCCAUAAGACACGGGUGCGCAUGACACUCGGAGCGUAUCCUAGUAGGCUUAUACAGUAGUAAGCUGCUUCGCAGUGGUGGAAGUGGAAGUGGAACAGCAGUAGUUAGUGAGCAGUAGACGAUGAAGUAAUGGCGGUGCACCGAAUCCCAAAAAGUUGCAGGGAUCGACAUUACUAGAGUUAGUGGGAGAAGCAGAAGACGAAGAAGAAGAAGAAGAGCUUGAAGGCUUCUACUUCUCUACUGCUCUCAGAUUUCAAAGCUCUAAACACAGAGGGAUCCAGAUCUUCUCUGUUUUUGUUUCCCUUUUGGAAGCAUAUACCGGGCUUGUUUCGUUCUGGAGGGAAUUGAAGAAGACAAUUUAGUUACCUUCGCGGGGGAAGCUGUAGUUGGCAUGCUCAGUAAGUAUUUGAUUCAAGAGAGUUGAUCAUGAAGAAGUGGUCUGGAGGCAUUUUGAUCAUCGUACUCGCUAUGGUUUUGGUUCUUCGGUACAGCCUAAUGGAAAAUCAGUCACAGAAGCACUCUGCCUAUAGUUUUUUUAGAAACCAUCCAACCAAUAGUUCUCAUUUAGAAGACAAAGGUGCCAUUAAGCCUUCGCAAAAGCAGGAAAUACGAAAUCGUCUGAAGAGGCCUAACCUUAUUAACGUUGAAGGACUGAGUGAUCUUUACUCCCCGACGAAUUUUUCAGUAGAGGAAUCCAGGUUCAUGGUUGUAUGGGCUCAGAUGCGCUUCCUAUUAGCUAGGUCAGAUUCUUUGCCUGAAACAGCUCAAGGGGUCAAAGAAGCUUCCAAUGCUUGGAAGGAAUUGUUGGCCACUAUUGACGAGAAGUCUUUCAGGUUUAUGAAUAGUAGCGAACCCAGAUGUGAUGCUGAAAAUGAGAACUGUCCUUUCUCUGUAAGUAUGUUGGAUAAUACAAUAUCUAGUGAUGGAGUUGUCCUCAAUUUUCCUUGUGGGCUCGUCGAUGGUUCUUCCAUUACAGUGAUUGGCAUUCCUGAUGUACAUCGUGGGGGCUUUCAAAUUGAACUUAUAGGUUCACAACUUAAAGGGGAGCCUAAGCCUCCUAUUAUAUUGCACUAUAAUGUUACUUUGCCAGGGAAUAAACUGAUAGAAGAUCCAGUCAUAGUUCAGAAUAUGUGGAGUACCGAGUCGGGGUGGGGCAAAGAAGAAAGAUGUCCUGCUCGUGGUUCCACUAGUAACCUGAAAGUUGAUGGACUCGUUCGAUGCAAUGAACAAAUCAUAAGAACUGUGGUUGGGGAGAACCUUGGUGGGAUUCAGCCUAAUAGUAGCAAGAGAACAAAUGCUUCUGAGGGGACUUCCCAGAUAAGCGUUGUUAACUUCCCAUUUGUCGAAGGAAAUCCAUUUACUGCCACAGUUUGGGUUGGUUCAGAAGGAUUCCAUAUGACUGUGAAUGGAAGGCAUGAAACAUCUUUUGCAUACAGGGAGAAAUUUGAACCAUGGUUGGUUAGUGGAGUCAAAGUGGCUGGUGGUUUAAGUCUCUUAUCUGCGCUAGCUAAUGGUUUACCUGUUUCUGAAGAUCUGGAUGUAAUUGGUGAUGCUGAGGACCUGAAAGCUCCUCCAGUCUCUAAGAAAAGGCUUAAACUUUUGGUUGGAGUUUUCUCAACUGGAAAUAAUUUUGAGCGCCGAAUGGCAUUGAGAAGGUCUUGGAUGCAGUACAAAGCUGUACGUUCUGGGGAUGUGGCUGUCCGCUUUUUUGUUGGUCUUCAGAAGAAUAAGCAAGUCAACAUCAAGCUGUGGAGAGAAUCUCAAUUCUUUGGAGAUAUCCAGCUGGUGCCAUUUGUUGAUUAUUAUAGUCUGAUCACCUUGAAAACCAUUGCUAUUUGCAUCCUGGGGAUUAAAAUUCUUCCUGCUAAAUAUAUAAUGAAAACCGAUGACGAUGCUUUUGUUAGGAUUGAUGAAGUUCUCUCUAGUCUUGAAGGAAAGGUCUCUAAUGGUCUCUUGUAUGGUCGUAUAUCCUUUGAUUCAGAACCUCAAAGAGACAGAGACAGCAAAUGGUACAUCAAUGUGGAGGAGUGGCCACAUGCUUCAUACCCCCCCUGGGCUCAUGGUCCGGGAUAUAUUAUUUCUCGAGACAUUGCAAAAUUCAUUGUUCAAGGCCACCAAGAAGGGCAUCUUAUGCUUUUUAAACUAGAAGAUGUUGCAUUGGGCAUAUGGAUUGAACAAUUUAAGAAGAGUGGCCAGGAAGUGCACUACAUCAAUGAUGAUAGAUUUUACAAUACUGGAUGUGAAUCAGAUUAUGUUCUAGCCCAUUAUCAAGGUCCAAGGCUGGUUUUAUGCCUUUGGGAGAAACUGCAAGUACAACAUCAACCUCUCUGCUGUGAGUGACUUCAAAUGUGGAGUGACGUCGUAUGCUACUGAAUGACACUCUUUUCUCACUAGGACCCAUCCAAGCCAGUUUUAAAGUGAGAGAUUAACUGAAACUGGAGUUCCACAGGCAAGGUUUGAAGAGCUUUACUAAUAUUGUACACUUCUGAUUCAACCCAUCUUAAUUACCCAGAAAGUGUAAUUGUUUGAUUUAUGCUUCUUUUAUGGACAUACUAUCCGAUUACUAUUUUUGUACACUAUGUACUACUGUAGUAUGAAUCAUGAUGUUGACUUUCGCUUGUAACAGGUCAUCUAGAGAUCCCCCAACCCCAUCAGGUGCAAAGAUCAUUUUAAUUGAUUCUUAUUUCA